CCAGUCUGUUAAAUUUAAUUUUAACAUCAACUUAGCAUAUGACACGAAAUUAUAAACACGUCAAAAAAAAUGUCAAAAGUAUUUUUUUUUUCAGUAAUUUCGCAUGGAAGAUAUUUUUUACAUGAAAUCUAAUAACUGAAAUUGAUUUUUUUCCAUUCCAUGCAUGUAAAAUAUAAACGCCAUAAAAUGUUUAUUCACUGGAAAUCGCUUUUGGCAUUCGGAUUAAUUUUUUGGCUUUUAUUAUGUGCCACGGAUCUGUUCGGAGGACAUCCGAGAGGAUAUAUAUACAAUGUUGAAGAUUACGAUCUUCUCUACGAAGCUCUCUACAUGGAAAAAUUAGACCGAUCAGAAAAUGUGAUAUUAAAAUUAAGGGAUUUCGGCGCUUUGCUACUUUUAUGGAAUUUCGCCACUUUUGUUUGUUCUGUGAUCGUAUGUCAAUUUGUCAAAUCGUGUUGGUGGCUGAUAUUUAACGUAAAGAUCAAAACGAUCUUGUGGAAAUGUCUAACUCUCAAUUUCGCUAGAACAAACUCCUUAUCAAAAAUAAAUUCAACGGUCAGUAAAAUACCGAUCAAAAUAAAACCCGCACCACUCACCAGUCUCCAAGUAAUGGAUUUGAAAAAGCGACUCGCACUUAAAUCUGACGUGAGCUGUCCGAAUUUUUUGAGAGAACGAACUUGCAGCAAUCUGUCGGAUUCUACUACAAAAAGCGCGCCGAGAUGCCACAUGUUGUUUAGAAAUAACAAAAUUUUUAUUCCUCCCAAAGAAGAACGUUUCAUGGACACCAGGCAAAUAACUAAACUACGAGCAGAAAUUUUAAGAUUACAAUCGAAAUUUCAAAAGGAACACUCUGAUUUGUUGAAAAAAGUUGAUAUUGCGAAUAAAGAAAAAAAAGAUAUCAACAAACAAUUAUUGGCGAUUCAGAAAGACAAUAAAACCGCUCGACAACAAAUUGAAGAAUUGAUACAAGAAAAGGGUAUGUUGCUGAAGAAAUUGGAAAUCGCUACGAAAGACAUAAAAUCGAAUACGAAAUCGAAAAAAGCCGUUAUGACGAAAUUAGAAGAGCUCACCAUCAGUUCCGAAACGUUGAAACAAGAACUCGAACAAGUUUCCAGAGAUAAAAACAUUUUGGAAAACAAAUUGAAAGUAUUGCAAGGGGAAUACGAGAAGUUGCAAGAACGAAUCAUUUUACCGAGCGACGUUAAUUUCCGCGAAGAUUACCACGUUAAUACACCGGAAAGAGACACUAACGAUAGAAAUAUAAAUAACACUAAUACGAAUAAAAUGGAAAAAACUCAAAGUAUUGGAAGGUUUAGCGAAAAAACGGAUAUCGAACAACAAUCGAUUUCGCAAACGGAACUCGAUAUGAAAAACAUUCAAGUAAAAAUUAAACAACUAGAAAAAAAUUUAGAAAACUUCAAUGCCGAAAAACCGGAAUUCAAUUUCAAAAAAUCAGACCCUGAGCUCAAUUUGAAUUUCGGCGAUAACAAAAACGUAUACGACGAAGAUACUGAUAACGAUUAUUUUUUCCCGAACACCAGUCCUAGACUUAGAUAUUGGUCUGGAAGGGCAGGAGACGUGGUAAGCUUCAGGCCAUCAUUCAUUUUGAUCGAUUCGCAUUCACCAAGCGCUAGCGUGAUCCAGUCAUUGGCUAGCAAAGUAAACGACAAAGUUCGUUGUUUGAACAAUAUAAAAGAAAAAUGCGAGACGGAAGUGGACGAAUAUUCGUCUCAGGAAUCUCUGGAAGAUCUCAGAACUCCUCGAAGGAUAGUCAGCAGUUCCGUGGCUUUUCAAAAAUUUUUGAAAAAUUUACAACCCGACAGCGCUAGGUUACCCUACGAUUCUCAGAGCGAAUGUUGUUUUUGAUUUUCGGAAAUAUAUUACGUGAAUAAAAUUUACGAAUACGAAA